UUGUUUACAUAUUUUUAGCAAAGGAGUUAUGAUGCAAUCAGCUGUAUUAUUUUGAUAUAAUAUCUAAAACUGUAAAGAAAAAUCGGCAAAUUGAAAUUUUUUUGAUUUUCAGUAUACGAUUUAAUAGUUCUUUUUGUGCUUGGAGCAAUAUUUCAGGCACUUUUUUUAGCUACUAUUUUUAGUCCUGAUGUUUUACUUUUUAAGUUAAAAAAAUACACCCAUUAAACUUUAAUGGAAAACAAAACUUCAAUUUAAAUUUAAAUUUAAAGUUUUGUUAAAUUAAAUUUUUUAUUAGCUUUGCAAACACUACACUUGGGUUAUGCUACAAUCGUUUAGAUAUAAACUAAGUUUUAAAUGAAAACAAUAGUCAACAGUUUUAUAAAUGUUUGAUAACUUGGUAGAGUUAAUUAUUACCCAGAAUAAAAUUAAUAUAGAAAAAUCAACAUCAGAUACAAGAGUCAAUUAUAAUGAAGAUAAUCUAGUUGUCGAAAACUUGUCAAAAUUUUGUGAAAUUUUUGAUAUCCUUACAUUAAAACAAUUUCAAAAAAGGAUUGUUAAUUUAUCUGAUUGUCCUGAGUUUGGAAGAAGGAUAGGAUGUCAUUUGACAUGUACUUUUGAUAAAAAUGUUAAAAAAAAAGACAAGCAAAGGUUUUUGCAUCAUAAUGGUAUCCAAACUACGGAGCUUGGUUUAUCAAAAACCUCAUUUCAAGCAAAUGAAUUCACGAGAAGUGAAUCAGACACUCAAAAUGAAGUUUCCUGUAAAUCUGCAAUACGUUAUAAUUCAGUACGUGAUACAUUCAGAUUAGAUAUAUUUAGAAACCGUAAAAGCAGUUGUCAUAGCAAUCUGUUUGUUUAUGAGUUGCCAAUGUUUCAGCAGAUAACUAAAGAACUUUGCUGGAAUUAUGAUGUUGGUUAUAGUGGAUACGACCCAAUGCAACAGCAUAAAUUGUUUGUUUCUGAACUGAUUAAAAACAGUGUAUUGUCACACAACCUUAAAAAGUGUUCUCUAAGCAUAUUACCCAUAUGUUUUUGUGGAAAUUAUUUUGCUGAGCCAUUGUUUAAGGUUGGAAGUUUAAUUCUUCAAUCGUCAAAUGUAGGGAAAGAACAUCUUUCUAAUUAUCAAGCUUUACUAAAACAUUAUGUUUGGGAGCAAUUUCGGCCAGAACUGGCUUUAAAUAUAGCUAUGAAUUAUUUGGAGAAUGACUCAAAUUUUCUUGAAGCUUACCAAUUUUUAACUGAAUAUAUUUCAUCAAAACCCUACAGAGAGAAUCCUUAUUUUAACAUCUUGUAUGGACAGCUUGAAUAUUGUAUGUGGAAAAAAGCUUAUAAUGAUACAAAGAAAGCAUGCACGCUAAUAAAAUAUGAAUGGGAUGAUGAAGAAUGUGAUUCAGAACCAGUUGAGUCUAUUUCAUCUCAGUUUCACAGACAGAGAGCACUGUUACAUCUAUCUUUAGUUGAAGAUCGCCUCGGUACCUGGGAUUUAAUACUUCCUAAAUAUAUUGAACUAAAUAAAGAUAAUGUGGUUCCUAUUCUUCAAAAGCAUCUUAAAAACAAUCCAGAUAAUCCAGUUUCAUACUGGUAUUUAGCUGCUGUCUUGAAAGAUAUGGAGAGUGAAGAACUAUGGGAUGUAUUAAAAAAGUUUUCUGCUAUUGACGUAACUAGUGACCUUAUAAAAGAACUGAUUAUACAUUAUCAAAAAAAUGAAAAACAUGAAGAAGUAUUUAAGCUGGUCAUUGAAAGGCUUGAUCACAACUCUUGUCGCAACAGUUUAUUUGAUUGGGAAAUGUUGCAUUGGGUUGUGCUGCAUAAAAAAGAAGUUGUUUGUAACUACAUAAAUUCUUAUCCAUGUUGGGUAUCUUUCCAUUUUUCAUAUCUGUGGAAUAAUAAAAACCAGGAUAUUUUAAAACCUGUUCUUCAGCUUAAAAUGUUGAUUGCAAACACGAUACAAAUUGGUAACGAUUGUUUAUCUUUAUAUAAUAAUUCUCAGAGAAAGCCAUCCUCUUCAUUAAAAAAAUUUGCAGAUCCUUGCUUAGUUAAUGUUUCAUUGAAAUCUUCUGAAGAAGAAAUCUUCAAUGAUUUAGAUAUUUCCUCGCCGGAAAUUAUGGAUUGGUCAGACAGUUCAGUAGAAUGUCUCAACUAUGAUAAAAUUAAGAAAUACCGUAAAAAAGCUGUAAAACGUCAAUAUAACUAUAAAAAUAUUAAAAGUUCAGUUUUAACUACAAACAAUAGUUUGAGUGACUGUGAGUUAUUUUACAAAAAAUCUAUCCACUGCGGUUUUAUUGAUAAAGAGCAAACGAAUUUACUUUUAGGAGAAAAAGCUAACCAUAUUGAAAACCAAAAAAAAGGGAGAAAGCGGAAAUUGCACUUGUUAUACCAGCCGUCAUCAAACGAAAUAAACCAACAAUCUAUUAACACUUACCUAUCAACUGAAUUAUAUCAUGAAAGCGGAAACCCGCAGCUUGGAAGCCCUCAAAAAAACUCUAAUAAAAAGACUUUAACAAAUAUAAACAUCAUCUCUAAAAAAAAGAAAUUUACAUAUGUUGACUAUGUUAGACCGAAUAAAAGAAUUAAACUUGAUUCUGACGGCCCUGUUACACUAAAUUUGAAGAUCUCGACGAGUAACGAAAAUAACCAAAAUUUAACGAUACAAAAAAAUACUUCAUACAGACGGGAAUCAAUAAGUUCUCUUAGUGAUUCUAGCGACUCAAGUUGGAAUUCUGAUCGAGAAAUUAAUCAAAUUAAAAUGUCUGUUAUGAAAAAUAUCCAAAAUGAUACGAAAAAGUUUACCGCUAAGAUUAUUAAAUCAAAAAAAAAAUCUAGCUCGUCCGAAUCUUCUUGGGAUUCCGACAAAGAACUGCAGAAAAUUAAAAUCACUCGUAAUAAAAAUACUAAAAGAAGUAUUAAUGACUCAAAAAAAUCGACCGAUAAAACUAUUGUAACGCCUUUACGUAGUUCAUCUUGGGAAAAUAAAGUUUCUAAAGAAUUUUAAAACAUAUCUUCUUUGAAUAAAAGUUCAACAAUCAAAAAGAGAGAUAAAGAAAUACCUUAAGAAUCUGCAUCUUUUAUAUACUUAUAUAUAUCAGCUCCUUGAGCGUUUUAGAUAUUUCUUCUGUCUCUCAAUUCAAUAUCAACUAUUAUCAUAUCAAAAAUAAAGUAACGAGUUUUAUAAAAAAAAAAUCAACAUGUACGUUCAGCAAGAGCUGUUUGAAAUAUAAGAUAAAGUGGUUAUAUGAGUUGUGAUAUUUUACAAAAUAAAUAUUUUAUCAUAUAUUAAAAGCUUGUAAAUAAUUUUUUUUUAAUAAAAUUCUUGUUUU